CCAUUAUUCAUUCGAAAAUUGUUCAUAGUGAGGAAUUGACCUGUAAGCUGACCUGGAAUAAAGUUAUGAACACCAAUGAAAGAGACGGAAAAAAAUGUCCAGAGGAAACUUCAAACAUAUUGAGUAACCUGUUUUUCUGGUGGAUGGUACCGAUUUUCCGGAAGGGUGCGAAGAGCAAUUUGCAGAUAACCGAUUUGUGCGAUCCCCCGAAGUCCGAUGAGUCUGAAGGCCUCGGUGACAGGCUCGAAAGAGAAUGGAGGAAGGAAUUGAAGAGAUCGAGCGACAAGUCGGAGAGUAAGCCAAGCUUGUUUCGAGCACUGUGUCGAGCAUUCUGGGUUCCGUUCGUGCUGCAAGGAGCAAUCAUAUUCUGUAAAGAGAUGAUGGCUUGCAUGAUGGUGCCAGUGCUCCAGGGAAAGGUUAUCAGCUACUUUGACCCUGGACAAAAAUUGAUGGAUCGUCAACAGGCCCUGAUAUACGCUGGUCUCCUGGUCCUCCUAACUUUGGUCAACGUUUUGAUCGAUCAUAAUUACUAUGCGCGAACGUUUGAACUGGGGAUGCGAUUCCGAGUUGCGUGUUCCGCCCUAAUCUACCGCAAGGUUCUGCGCCUGAAUCAGUCUGCAUUCGGAAGGACGGCUGAAGGUCAAAUCACGAAUCUGAUAAGUAAUGACCUCGCCCGCUUCGACAUUGUCUUGCCAUUCCUUAACUUCAUCUGGAUCGUGCCAAUGCAGGUAUUGCUGUUGGGAUACAUGAUGUGGCAAUUAGUCGGUGAGGCUGUCCUGGUAGGAAUCGGCGUAAUGAUCAUGCAGACGAUGCCUAUACAAGGGUACUUAAGCCACAUUGCUGGUAUACUGAGGGCCAAAAUUGCUGUCAAAACGGACGAAAGGGUGCAACUGAUGAGUGAGCUCGUUUCCGGAAUACAGGUGGUGAAAAUGUACUCCUGGGAAAAACCCUUCCAGACAUUGGUGUCUAAAACUCGAGCGUUGGAGAUCAAGCUGAUUCGUUAUACGUCGUACUUGAACGGAAUACUCAUGGGCAUUACGGUGUUCGCUGACAGAGUAACACUAUUCCUAACGCUUGUCACCUUUGUGCUAAGUGGCAAUACCCUAAACGCUAAACUUACCUACACGUUAGCUACCCUAUUUAAUUUACUUCAACUGGCUUGCGCUUUUCGCUUCCCUAUAGUUCUUAUCACGAUUGGAGAGACUCGUGUGACUUUGGAAAGAAUAACGAAAUUUUUACUAUUGGACGAAGUGGAACCUUCAAAGGAAUCUGAAUUUUCGGCUGACAAUGGCAGGCUGACUAACGAAAAAUAUACAAUUAAUGAAACACGUCUACAAAAUGGGAAUAGAACCGAAAUGGAGUCUCUAUUGACCAACAGAAUGGGAUACGUAGAGAGCAGUGGUAAACUGAUUAUAGAAAAGACUAAAGUAGGUGAACAAAUUGAACGUGGUGUUGAAAUCGAAAUGGUGAACGUCUUCGCAAACUGGGUCCAUGAUCAGCUGCCACCUACUUUACACGAAGUAUCACUGAAAAUAAAGCGUCACUCACUUUCUGUGCUUGUGGGGCCUGUAGGCUCGGGAAAAUCAUCUUUACUCCACCUUUUACUGGGUGAGUUGUCAGUCAGAGCUGGAGGACUGUCGUUAUUUAGUGGCGAAAACAGUGAGAAAACUAAAAUCGGCAGACGGGACAUUCGAAUCUCUUACGCAAGUCAAAAUCCUUGGAUAUUUCCCGCCACCAUUCGCGAGAAUAUCAUUUUCGGACAGUCAUACGACAAAAAGAGAUAUCAAAAGGUGACGGAAGCUUGCGCACUCGUCAGAGACUUCGCUCAGCUUCCUCAAGGCGACUUGAGUCAGGCUGGAGAGAGAGGAGUCUGUUUGUCAGGGGGCCAAAAAGCUCGGGUGAACCUGGCAAGAGCCCUUUACAGAGAAGCUGAUCUCUACUUGCUUGACGAUCCUUUAAGCGCGGUCGAUUCUCACGUGGGUAAUCACUUGUUCAAAGAGUGCAUCCGAGAGUUUCUAAAAAACAAGACCCGAAUUCUAGUUACUCAUCAAUUACAAUAUCUUCGGCAAGCUGACACUGUCAUAGUUCUGAAUCGCGGCACCGUCAAGUGUCAGGGAACAUAUGAGGAGCUUGCUCAGAUGAAUCCCGAUUUCCUGGCUUCGAAACAGUUGGAGGAAUCCGACGAACCUAGAGUCAAAAACACUGACGAGGAGAACAUGGAAGACGAGGAAAUCACUUCGUCUGUGAAUGAUCAAGCUACGGAACUUUCUGAGAGCAAGGAGAAUUUGGAGGAUGUGGAUGAGGAGGAAGUUGUGACAGGAAGAAUAACGAGUAAAGUGUAUAAGCGAUACUUCUUGGCAGGUGGUAAUCCAUGCUCAUUGAUUUUUAUAACGGCAACAAUUAUAAUCGCGCAAGUGACCGCAAACACAAGUGAUUACUGGUUGACCUACUGGACAAACCAGGAUAGUCUAAGAAGUGCUGGCAAUAAUACAAGCUGCUCGAACCAUACCAGGCAUGAUGAUCAAGAGACCCAAUGGUUUGACAAAUACGGACUGCUGCGUAGAAAUGUCGCGAUUUAUGUUUACACAGCGAUAAUUGUCACUUGCGUUUUCUUUCUCUUACUACGCAGUAUUUUUUGUGUCAGAGUGUGCAUGAACGCCAGUUGCAACCUACACAAUUACAUGUUCGAGAACCUUCUGCGGGCACCCAUGAAAUUCUUCAACGCCAAUCCGUCUGGUAGAAUUUUGAACCGAUUUUCGAAGGAUGUAGGCGUAAUGGAUGAACAAAUCCCUAGAACCUUGAUUGAUGUGGUUCAGACUAUUACUCUUACGAUGGGUAUCUUUGCUAUGGUAGCCGUCAUUAACCCGUGGACCAUGAUACCUGUGAUAAUAUCAGGAGUAAUUUUCUAUGUCAUCAGGAUCUAUUAUCUCAGAACAGCUCGAGACAUCAAGCGACUUGAAGGAGUAGUGAAAAGUCCUGUCUUUACUCACAUCAAGUCUACUCUGGACGGACUGACGACCAUUCGAAGCGGAGGUCCGAUGGUGGGAGAAAUGCUGCGUAAAGAAUUUGAUCAACUUCAAAACGUGCACUCAGGUGCCUGGUAUCUCAUCAUUAUCGCAUCUUCUGCCUUUGGUCUUGUCCUCGAUCUUGUUUCUUCUAGCUACAUGGCUUUCGUUUGUUUCGCCUUCAUUCUGAUAGACAACGGAAAUAUUCUCGGAGGGUCUGUAGGCCUGGCCAUAUCCCAAAGUCUUACGCUGAACGGAAUGGUUCAGUGGGGAAUCAGAAGGAGUACGGAACUAGUAUCGCAAAUGGUCUCAGUUGAGAGACUACUUCAAUACACGGACAUACCCAAAGAGGGACCUUUCACGACUGACAAGCCUCCUCCGACCACUUGGCCUUCUAAUGGUGGUUUAGUCUUCAAGGGUGUUUCUAUGAAAUAUGCUGAAGACAAGCCUCCGGUCCUAAGGGAUCUGACAGUGACCAUAGAGCCUGGCUGGAAGAUUGGCAUAGUCGGCAGAACUGGUGCAGGAAAAUCUUCGCUCGUCUCAGCGCUCUUCCGUUUGAACGGAGAUGGACUGGACGGUGAAAUACUGUUGGACGGAAUAAAUACGAAGUCGAUAGGACUGCACGAGCUGCGCCCCCACAUCUCAGUCAUCCCUCAGGAGCCAAUAUUGUUCUCGGCAAGUCUUCGGUACAACUUGGACCCCUUUAAUGAAUAUUCGGACGACGAGCUGUGGGACAGUCUUCGAGAAGUGGAACUUGGAGAUACGGUGCAAUCUCUUGACUUCAAAGUUGCUGAGGGUGGAUCUAACUUCAGUGUUGGACAACGCCAGCUUAUCUGCUUGGCCAGAGCGAUCAUCAGAAAUAAACAGCUGCUCAUACUCGAUGAAGCAACAGCCAACAUUGACCGCAGCACUGACGAGCUGAUUCAAAAUACCAUAAAACGAAAAUUCGCCCAUUGCACGGUCCUGACGAUAGCGCAUAGAUUGAACACGAUUAUGGACAGUGACAGAGUUUUGGUCAUGGAGGAAGGCUGUAUUGUUGAAUUUGGUCCUCCGCAUUUACUGUUGAAAAAUCAAAAUGGCCAGUUUUUCCAAAUGCUCCAACAAACAGGAACGGCGACAGCGGCUAAACUUUCCCAAACUGCUGAAAGAUCGUAUUUCUUGAAUUCCAAGUGUAAGAAAGUAAUGGAAAGAUGAUAACGGAACUUUGCAGUGAAAAUGAAACUACUGAAGAUAAAACAUCGGCAUUCUUGUUAUUGUCAUUCUUUAUUUGUCACAUUCCAAUUCAUCGCGUAUUUACCAUAUUAUGAUAUUGUGUAUAAAACAAUAUUUCACAAAAAAUCUUUAUCUAAAAUAAAGUUACCCGUUUCCAUUUCAUUCCUG